AUGGCACAAAAUAAAAAUAAAAAUUUAAGUAUAACCAAACUGGACUUUCCGACACUGACACAGCCAUUUAAUAAUUCUGGCAUUGCGUUCGACAAUACUCGGUGGAUCACUGACACGCUGGCUGGUGUCCUCUUGAGCAGUGAGACAAUUACCAGUAGCAUUUCCACCGCCGGGCCAGUUCUGCCCGGUCCCAUUGCUGGACUGAUUAUUGCCGGUCCAAGGAUGGAGGCCCAGCGCGGAAUCCACAGAGCUGACGCUCUCGAAAAAGACCGGCGAGGAGGCGUUGGAACCUGGUACCGUUAUCUGUUCGUAAUUCUCGGUGUCCAGGCCGAGACGGUCGAAGAAAUUCUCCAGCUCGACACCAUACCUGUAUCCUUGGCGGAGGCUCACUGCGAUGAGUGCAAUGCCCUGAGGAGCCUCCAGAGUCCCUGGCGUUGGCUCCGUGGCUCAAUUUACUUGUGUUAUGCACGAGGUGUACUUAACAGAGGAGCACCAAUUACUUUGUUGAAAGGUCAUAAUCAUUCUCAAAAUCAUAAUUUAAAGCUGAUUUUUGAUUUUAAGUACGAACUCUUUAAGGCUGUAACAUCUAAUUUGUGUGAUUUGAGAAGUAUUUAUGAUGAAUUAAGUGUUAAAUACCCCCGAGGUUCCUCUCUUCUGCCAUUUUCUCGAAUGGUGAGAGAGUCAUGCAGUAGUGGCGAAGGAAGAUUUGUCCACCGACUCCUACUCACCAAGGUUUAUGGCAGAGAUGGAUCUAUUGCUACGGUUUUCAUUGAUCCUGAUUUUUUAGAAAAUGUUCAGACUACAAAUUUGUACAUCGAUGCUACUUAUAAAGUUUGCCCAACUAUGCCAAAAAACAUCUAUCAGUUUUUUACAAUUAUGGCAUCAAUAAAUAAUUCGAUUUUGCCUGUUGCCUGGAGUUUAAUGUCAAGGAAAUCUACAGAUUGUUAUGUAGCUGUCAUUGAUCACUUCAAAUCUUUAUCCCAACAUAUUAUUGUAUUAUCAUACAUGACAGACUUUGAAACUGGUCUUCGUAAAGCAUUAAAACUCUCGUAUCCAAAUGCAACCGCUGAAUCAUGUUAUUUUCAUUUUAUACAGGCUAACAUGAAAAAAGCUAAAAAACUUGGAUUACUGAAAAAAUUAGAAAAUUGGGAAGAUGGAAGAAAAUUUUUUAGGAAGUUAUUAGCAUUAGCAUUAUUACCGAGUACUGACAUCAUACCAACAUUUAACUGGUUACUGGUGAUCCGUACACCUUUUUAUCUCAUUUUCAAAGAUUUUAUUAAUUACUUCGUUGAUUACUGGUUGAUGACAAUUAAACCUGAUGGAUUUUGUGUAUAUAAAUUAAAAAAUCGCACAAAUAACUUUACCGAAGCAUAUCACCGAAGACUAAACAAAUUCUUUGGCUUACAUCCAUCACUGUGGCAAUUCACAGCAAGUCUAAGAGAUUUUCAUGAUAUGACUAAAAUUGAAAUAGAAUCGGUAUUAUUACUAACGCUUCCCAUACGAAGAGCUCCACGGCCGAAUAAUUUAAUUAGAGCUGAAGUCUUAGAGAGAGCAUGGGAUAUGUAUGAAUCGAAUGUACUAGAUAUUGCUCAUUUUAUUGAAUUCGCUGCUCAUAUGUCACCAGUUUUAAGAAAUAGAAAUGUUAUGAUUAAUAUUGAAGACAUCAAUAAUUUUAUCAAUAUUCCUAUCUACAGAUACAUUGCAGUGCCAGGUAAUAAUUACAUUGUUUUUAAUAAUGAUGCAGCAAAUCAGUUGGACUAUAUAAUACAUGAACAACCGAAUGAAUAA